UUAAUAUCUGGAAGACGUGUAUAAAGAAUACUUGGAAGGUUCUCCUGUAACUAUUUCUUUCUAGGAUGUUCAAGAAUUUGAAGAUGGAAAUACUAUAUGCGAUUUUAAUUUUGUAGGUGGUGAAAAAUUUGCUGCUGAUGGUUUGAUUUUGGGGAUGCUUAUUUUUACUGUGUACAUUUAUAGGAUGGUCAAGAAUUUGAAGAUGGAAAUACUUUAUGCGAUAUUUAUUUUGUAGGUGGUGAAAAAUUUACUGCUGAUGGUUUAAUUUUGGGGAUGCUUAUUUUUAAUGUGUAGAUUUAUAUAUGAGGCCACUCUAUGUCUGUCUCUGUGAUGGUCCAUCGUCUUAGCAUGUUAAGGUCAAAGUGCAAUUGAAGCUCCAUGAUAAACAACUAUGAUAUUUGAUUGAUGUCAUGGUAUUUGGCUGCUAAAGUUGCGGCAUUUGCAGCAAUCAAAGUGGAGUGCAUUAAGUUCGAAGAUUCUUUUAUGUCUGAACAGGCCUCUCAGUUUUUAUUGGUAAUUGGGUUGCUUGGAGAGUACUGUCCUCCAUCAAAAUAUAAGUAUAGUCAUCCUGCUCACAGACUUGGCUGCAUGCAUCUUGAGCUCCAAGGAUACAACAUACACUUUCAGGGUUGCCAAUUUAUGCGUCCUUUUUCUUCUGGUAGUAACAUUCAUCAUACUGAAGAAAUCCUUGUUGAAGAAGACGAGCUGCUUCCAUUUUGAUAAAUUUGAUAUAGAUCAGUUCCCUUUUUAAGGACAAAAUGGCUUUGCAAAAUAUUGGUGCUGGAAACAAGGAUGAUGCCUUUUACAGGUAUAAGAUGCCUAAAAUGAUAACAAAAAUCGAAGGUCGUGGAAAUGGCAUCAAGACCAACUUGGUCAACAUGGUUGACAUUGCAAAGGCCCUGGGAAGGCCUGCUUCUUACACAACAAAGUAUUUUGGCAACGAGCUCGGAGCUCAAUCCAAGUUUGAUGAGAAAACUGGAACUUCCCAUGUGAAUGGAGCCCAUGACACUUCAAAACUUGCUGCACUUCUUGAGAACUUCAUCAAGAAGUAUGUCCAGUGUUAUGGCUGUGGGAAUCCUGAAACUGAAAUCAUCAUCUCAAAAUCACAGAUGAUCAAUCUAAAAUGUGCUGCCUGUGGUUUCAUUUCAGAGGUUGACAUGAGGGACAAGCUCACGACAUUCAUUCUUAAGAACCCUCCCGAGGCAAAGAAAGGAUCGAAGGACAAAAAGGCGAUGAGGAGGGCUGAGAAAGAGCGGCUGAAGGAAGGAGAAGCUGUUGAUGAGGAGCAGAAGAAACUUAAGAAAGAUGCUACGAAGAAGAAAGGCGUUUCUGGAGGUGCAAAGGAUUCCACCAAAGCAUCUAGCAAGAAGAAAGCCAAUAAUUCUGAUGAGCAGCAUUCUCCGACUGGUAGCCAGGCGGAUGAGAAUGAAGGGGGAGCUGCUGAGGACUCUGAUGAUGAUGUCCAGUGGCAGACUGACACAUCUGCUGAGGCAGCUCGACAAAGUAUCCUAGAGCAGCUGAAUUCUGUCACAGCUAGCAUGGUCAUGAUCUCAACCAAUGAAGACAAGCCAAAAUCAGGUAAGAACUCCCCAGCACGCGAAGAAAAACCCAAGGCCAAUGGGAACACUGUUAAAUCUAGUAAUGGUCAUGCUGAACUUGUCGAGGAAAUCAAGGAAUUUCUGGAUAAAGGUUCAUCUGCAUCCAAGCUUAAGGUGUUCUUGGGUUCUCUCUCUGGUACUGAUCAAGAGGUUGUUGAUGCCUUAUUUGAAGCCUUGUUUAAUGGGGUGGGAAAAGGAUUCUCUAAAGAGGUUGUUAAGAAAAAGAAGUACCUUGCAGCUGCAGCUCAGGAAGAGGGCUCACAGCUGAUUCUACUUCAGGCUAUCGAGUCUUUCUGUGGAAAAGCAAGCCCUGAGGCAGUGAAGGAGGUGGGGCUGGUUCUGAAAGAGUUGUACGAUAAUGAUAUGUUGGAAGAAGAGUUUAUUGACAAGUGGUAUCAGAAGGGUUCAACUGGGAACAAUAAGGCCUCCCCUAUCUGGAAGAAUGUCAAGCCAUUCGUGGAGUGGCUGCAGAGUGCUGAGUCUGAAACCGAAGAUGAGUGAGCCAAUCCACACGGAUGAUUGCAAGGAUUCUUUGUUUCUUUCACUACUCUAAGAACUAUUUUAAGCUUGGUUUGUGGUCAAUAAUGCUACUUUUCGAUUAGGUCCAGGUUUUGAGUCAUUUCUACUGGCAGUAUUCCAGACGCGUGUGUGUGUUUUCAGACUUUCUUGAUGUUUAGUCUUGAAUAAGUAGGGAAGAAAUAUCCGGUGGGAUUUGCUGCCUGCUGUUUUUUCCUCGGGUGUCUUUGUUGGUCUGUUAUCAUUGUCUUUAUGGAUUUCUAUAUGACAUGUUGGGCUUGUUUUGAUUA